AGGAAGUGGCGGGCGGAGCCAGUGGCCGAGUCGCCGCCUCAGCUGCCGCCACCGCCGCCUGUGGCGAGACCCCGAGCUGGCGGGUCGGCGCGGGGCUUGCGCGCGGACGGGCGGGGGCACUGCCGAGGAGCGGGAAGCGGCGGCCGCGCCGGCGUGAGCGGCUGGCCGGGGCGGAGGCGCCGGGAGGCGGCGGGGCGCUCGGGGCUGCCCUCCUCGCUCAGCAUAAUGGAUCCAAGCCUAUUGAGAGAACGGGAGCUGUUUAAAAAACGAGCUCUUUCCACUCCUGUGGUAGAGAAACGUUCAGUGACUUCUGAGUCAUCAUCGUCAUCAUCAUCAAAGAAGAAGAAAGCCAAGGUAGAACAUGGAGGAUCAUCAGGCUCUAAACAGAGUUCUGAUCAUAGCAAUGGAUCAUUUAACUUGAAAGCUCUAUCAGGAAGCUCUGGAUAUAAGUUUGGCGUUCUUGCUAAAAUUGUGAAUUACAUGAAGACACGGCAUCAGCGAGGAGAUACACAUCCUCUAUCUUUAGAAGAGAUUUUGGAUGAAACACAGCAUUUAGAUAUUGGACUCAAGCAGAAACAAUGGUUAAUGACUGAGGCGCUAAUCAACAAUCCCAAAAUUGAAGUAAUUGAUGGGAAGUAUGCCUUCAAGCCCAAAUACAAUGCAAAAGACAAGAAAACCCUGCUUAGGCUCUUAGAUCAGCAUGACCAGCGAGGAUUAGGAGGGAUUCUUUUAGAAGACAUAGAAGAAGGAUUCCCCAAUUCCCAGAAAGCUGUCAAGGCUUUAGGGGACCAGAUACUUUGUGUAAAUCGCCCUGAUAAGAAGAAAAUACUUUUUUUCAAUGAUAAGAGCUGUCAGUUUUCUGUGGAUGAAGAAUUCCAGAAACUUUGGAGGAGUGUCACUGUGGAUUCAAUGGAUGAGGAGAAAAUUGAAGAAUAUCUGAAGCGACAGGGUAUUUCUUCCAUGCAGGAAUCUGGACCAAAGAAAGUGGCCCCUAUUCAGAGAAGGAAAAAGCCUGCUUCACAGAAAAAGCGACGGUUUAAGACUCAUAACGAACACUUGGCUGGAGUGCUGAAGGAUUACUCGGAUAUUACCCCUGGCAAAUAGGGGACACUUUUGACCUUGAACAAAAUUGAGACCUUUCUUAUUGAUGCUCUGGAUCUGAAGACUGUCUUGUCUUCCUAUUUACUUCUCAGGACUGAGGAGAGGAGCAGUCCAGUUUACAGAACCAUUGUGGGUUAUCAAAUUCAAAGCUUAUUUUACCUGAAUAGGCUGAGGAGACAUGUGAUAGCCCUGUUCAACUUUUGUUACUUCUUGGGAGGAAGGCACUUAGCAUGGCAUGCAGGUGCUUUUGCUAUUUAUCUCUACUUCUAAAUGGUUCCUGGUUCCAUUUUUCUUCUUUGUUUAGAACAAGUUGGCAGAUAGUCUUGAAUGCCGUAUUUCUUUAUUCCAAAAGGACAUAUUUAUAAUAAAAUCAUUGUAGAAAGAUUCUUAA